AUGACUGCUGCUCCCACUGUUGCUAUUGUUGGCUUGACUGGCUUCCUUGCCAAGCACGUCAUUAACGCUCUCAUUUCCGAACCUUACAAGUCCCAAAUCUCAACUCCAAUUCGUCUCGUUACUCGUGAUGAGACUAAAGCCAAAGCUGCUAUUCCUGCCAUUGAAGCCUCUCCUGACCUUUUCAAGUUCUACAAGGCUGAUGCAGCCACUGGUGAAGGCCUUGCAGAAGCAUUUGAAGGAGCUACUGCUAUAGUCAAUCUUGCUGGCACUGGGUUCUCUCAUGACAAAAUUUCCGAUGCAGCUGCCAAGGCAAAAACAAAUCUCUAUGUUGCAUCUGAGUUUGGGGUCCCCACUACUGAAAAGGCGUUGGGAAAAUAUGCACCAGUCUUCGACUUUAAGAUUAAGGCUACUCAACAAGCCCGUGACAAGGGUCUUAAGACUGUAGCCGUGUACAAUGGUCUCUUUACCGAGUUUGCGUUCCGCGUGCCUGGUGCAGGUGGACUUCAGUCUACAACUGAAGCACAAACGUAUGUUCCCGACAAAGAGUAUGCAACCACUUCGUUGGUGGAUAUUGGUCGCAGUGUUGCUGCACUUGUGACCAAGUCGGCCACACCUGAGGAAGCCGGCAAGCUUCCUGACGAGCUAUUCAUCAAGGGCGGGUCCCUGAGUGGCAAGACUGUUGCUGACAUCAUUAGCAAGCUAACAGGAAAAGAAGUUGCACUGACUGAAAAGCCCCAGAAUGAGAUUGUUGACCGUGCAACCCAGGUGGUUGAGAAUGGUGUCAAGGGUCGCGAUGACUUUUUCGCAGUGUUACAGGCUUUGUUCACACAGGGUCUUGCAGACUACGAGGCCAAUGCAGAGGCCGUUAUUGCUGAUGCUUUUGAAACCCCUGAAGAGGUGGCUAAGCGUGUUUUCAAAUAA